AUCAGGAGAUUACAUUCAGGAAAUGGCUAUGGCUUCUUCAGCUCCUCAGAAUCUUCACGCCGUCUUCGUCUACGGAAGCCUUUUGGCCGACGAGGUCGUCGCUGUUCUCCUGAACCGCGUUCCUCAGUCCUCCGCAGCCGUCCUCCACAACUUCCAUAGGUUUAGCAUCAAAGGACGUGUUUAUCCCGCAAUUCUACCAGUAGAGAACAAGAAAGUUACAGGAAGGGUCCUUUUGGGUGUCACAGAUCCUGAAUUGAAUAUUUUAGAUACAUUUGAGGAUGUUGAAUAUGACCGGCACACUGUGGAGGUUUCUUUGAUGGAUGGUCCUGAGAAGUUACAGGCCAAAGCUUAUGUUUGGGGAAAUAGUAAUGAUACGAACCUGUAUGGAGAUUGGGAUUUUGAGCAAUGGAAAAGUGUACACAUGGAGGACUUUGUGAAGAUGACCAUGAGUUUUGUGGAAGAACUAGAGCUGCCUGAAUCACUGCCAAGAGUUGCCACUUAUGAAACCUUCUUUCAGCAGGGCAGUGACAACCCCCCCAUGUCUUAACAUCAUUGUUUAUUUCCCAGUUAAAAAAUGUUUCUAAACCAUGUCUUGGUAUAUUGCCAUCCAUUUUCAACAUUGCACUUUGAAAUGCCAGGGUAUUUUUCUUAAA